AGUGCUGCCGCAUCGCUCGCUCUAUAUCGAGAGCCCUCCCGCGAGUCUCGGCUCGCAGCGGGCCAAAGCUCGGUUAAUCCGUCGGUCUCAGUUUUUCCAUCUUUUCCUUGCCGUUUCUCUUUCCAACCAACAGACGAAUGAGGACUAGUGCAUUCACCAUCGAGUUAUUAUUUAACAUCAGGUCACCAGACCGGACAUCCGGGUUUCAAUUUCCGUUUUCGCCUCACUGUCAUCAACUUCCUUCUAAAGAAAAAUCAUGGGAAACGCCCCGAGGAAAUCCCAUUAUCCAAAACAUGUUUCCUCUUCGGGGAGUGGAACGAAGAAGGUACACUGGGAAGGUCCAGGUCUGCCUGCAGCACCUGGGAAGCCGAUUCUCAUCCCCGGAACAGAAGAAACGCAACCAGAUGUAGUUGGUAUCCGAUGGGAGCGAUCACCAAGUAACGGAGGGUCGGCUAUUAUUGGUUAUUUAGUUGAACAUCGAAAAGUGGGUGCUCCAAACUGGGUUCGUUCCGCACCGGUUUUGUGCACAUUUCCUGAAAUGACUCUUAGUGGCCUUGAACCAGGAUGGAGGUACCAAUUCAGAAUCAGGGCCCAAAAUUCCUUAGGGCUCUCAGAACCCAGUGAGAUAUCAGAUGCACUGACUGUUACCCUUCAACGAGCUGCUUCUUCUUCACCUCAAUUCGACCUUGAAUUGAAAGACUCGACUGCACUUGAAAAUGAGCAGACGGAAUUCGAAGUGCGAUAUACAGGAACACCAACACCUAAAAUCGCCUGGUUCAAAGAUGGUUUUGAGAUAUUUAGCAGUCGACGAACGAGAAUCAACACUGAAAAUGGAAAAAGUAAUCUUUUAAUCCAUCGUACUGCUCUCGAUGAUGAAGGUGAAAUCAAGUGUACGGCAACAAACAGAGCUGGACAUGUCAGCACGAAAGCAAGACUGAUGCUUGAAGCACCCCCACGAAUUCGCCUUCCACGUCAAUACGAAGAUGGGCUUCUUUUUGAGCACGGAGAGACCAUUAGACUGAAGGUAUCACUUUGCGGUCGACCUACACCCGAAAUCAGUUGGUAUCAUGAUGGGGAGAUAAUCAAUAAAGACGAAAGACACGUUUUUGAAUCAAAUCCUGGCGAGAGCAUUCUGAAGAUACCUAAUGCUACAAGAAAAGACCGAGGAGAGUAUAGUGUGAAAGCUGCAAACAAGUUGGGUGAAGACGUCGCGUCCUUUUUAGUCACCGUCACAGAUCGACCUUCUGCUGCGGGCAAAGCUACUGUAUCUAUGACUUUGGGAAGGUCAGUUUCUCUUACGUGGAAAGAACCUGAAGACGAUGGUGGUUGUAAAAUUGGAACCUAUAUAGUUGAAUACUAUAGAGAAGGAUGGGAUAUGUGGCUCAAGGCUGCAUCAUGUCGACAAACUUCAACGACCUUGAGUGAAUUGAUAGAAGGUUCAGAAUAUCGUUUUCGCAUUAAAGCAGAAAACCCAUACGGUGUCAGCGAUCCUAGUGAGGAAAGCGACGUUGUAUUCAUUCCGGAUUUAAAACGAGGAAUUACAGGUCCAUUGAUGAGUGGAAAAUCACAAAGUCAUCGAGAAAUUCACAGAGGCAGAAGCGAGAAACGAGAAGUAAGCUUCGUGGAACCAACUCAAAGGACUAGGAGUUUAACUAGAGAAGAGGGUUAUUCUAGAGAAGGUCCAGUAGAACGGUCUGUGUCGUCGCAACGUCUUACAUCUAGUCAAGGAAGACCUUCAAGAGCUGACAGUAGAGUUACGUUUGGUUUAGACACUGUAUAUCCAGUAGAGGAAAUGCAAACUCCUCCACCAAGGCAUAAAUCAAAGGACCAAAUAAAUACGGAGGAAAAUAAAAUAAAUAAACUGGCAAUAGAUCCGCGGGAGGGUAAAGCUAAUUUAGAACCUGUCAAACAGUCAACAUCGGUGGUAGUUACACCUACCUUUAAUGACUCGGGUGGUCUAUCACCAGUCCCUCAAUCGAGAUCUGGAACAAUUUCUUUCUCUAAGGAAAAAAGUCUAGUUCCACCUAAGCCUCCUAGGCUUCACGAUCCACGAAAACAAGCACCUUCAGCUCAACCAGAUCGAACUCAUCUCAGUCCCCCCAGAACUGCGCAUUCCACUCUGCAAAGAGAAGAUCGUUUUAAUGACCCUGCAUCUCAAAAGGAACCAAAAAAACUCGAACUGAAGGGAGAUUUUUCAGAUUCUGAACCUGCUUCUUUAGGAGAGGAUGAUGAGAAUAUACAUGGCAGCUCGGAGUUCAUGUUGGUCUUGUAUCCUGAAAGGGAAGGAGAUCGAGAACAAGGAAGAAUUUUAGACAAUACUCCAGUUGAGUACAUUACGAGCACCGAACAAACAGACAUGAACCACACGAAGUCACAAAUCUCUGAAAGUGAAGAAGAGGACUUAGUUCCACCGCCGAUGUCUCUUUCUUUGCCCGAGUUGUUUAGUACUGAUCAUCAGGUUGUUGAAAUCAUGCGUGAAGCAGUCAGUUCUACCGAACUUCUACAUGAACGUGCUAUGGAGCGUUUUUAUCGUGCAGUGGCUGUUGAAGAAGCAGUUGAUGAAGCUAAGCGUAAAGCUCGAAAGGAAAGAGCAGCAAGUGAAUCCAGGUCUAGAAAAGAUUCAACAUAUACAGAUACUACCGAUAGAUAUGCACUUUUUGAACACAGGACAUCCAUCCGUAGAAAACUUUCCAAUUCUGGUGCUCAUGCUGCAUCCUGGCUAGCAAAAAGGGAUCAUAGAAGAUCUAGCGAUAGUCAAACAAACACACUUCGCGUGCCUUUCAGACUACCAGCUGCUGCUGCUUUGCAGGAUGUUGCUUCUGAUCCUAAUCUUGCUUCACAAGGUAUGUCGACUUCAAAGAUGGAACCGUGGACUGCAGCUGACGAUGCUAAACAACUGCGCAGGUGGCACGAUUCAGGAAUGAAUCUCUCAAUGAAGCAAACGACUUCCGCAAGGGUUGAAACACAUAUCGGUGGUAUAGAGAGUACUUGGAAGGAAGGCAGUGAAACGAUGAAGGAGUAUCACUUAGAGACAGUGGAGACCCAAAGUGUAGAAACUUCAAUUGCAUCCUCCGAAGAGGAAAGUAGUUAUGAGGAUUUAAGGCAAUUCAGGGCCCGAAUUAUGGCCAUUCCUGUUGUUAAUGAAGAGGAUACUUACCAUCCAAGAGGGAGACCAGUUCCUCACGUUAGUCCAGAACCACCACCUCCGGUACCUCCUCACAGAAUUCCUAUCCUAGACAUCACACCUGCAGAUACAAUACAAUAUUCUAUUUCUUCUCCACCUAUUUCGCCGACCAAUAUUGUACCUAAAUCAAUAUUGAAGAAACGGGUCGAAAUAGAAGUAGUACCAGUGAACAAAUUUGGUAGACCAAUUCCACCCGAGAAGCCUAUUGAAAUGGUACGGCCACAUACAGAUCAGGGAUCAGUAAACCUUAGAAAUAAAUCUUUAUUAAACCUUCCAGAUCCUACAACAGACAUGAUACUUUCCGAGUCUGACAUCGAUAAUGAGAACGUUAUCUCGGCAGCAGAAGUUGCUAGAAAUCGUAGAAGACCACCAAAACAAUUAUCCAAGGCUUCUGUAACUUCCUCUGAUGGCGAAGAGGAGAAAGAGGAAGAAAAAAUGGCUGUAGUCAGUCACUAUACCGAAAUUGUUAAAGAAUACUCAAUGAAUCAUAGUCCAUUCCCUCCUCGUCGAGUGGUGACACCUACUUAUUCUCAAAACCAAGACCAGUUGCAAAAUAAAGAGGAUUCGGAAAAAUACAAAAGUUUUGUGAAGAGUACUGUUCGUCCUUUUUCCCCACCUAGAGCGAAAAGUGAUUAUUCGUCUGACGAAAAAUGCAACAUAAAGGCCGUUGUCCGUACAUUUUCCCCACCUAGAGGAAGAGAUUAUUCUUCCGAUGAAAGAAGUAAUGAGAGGGCAUAUGUUGCUCGUACUUUUUCGCCACCUAGAGGAAGAGGUGAUUAUUCUUCUGAUGAAAAAAAGAACGAGAAGACACUUUCUGCUCGUACUUUUUCACCACCUAGAGGAAGAGGUGAUUAUCUUACUGAUGAAAAAAGUAACGAGAAUAAACUUUCUGCUCGUACUUUUUCACCACCUAGAGGAAAGUGUGAUUAUUCUUCUGACGAAAAAACUGAUACGUCGAAGAAUAUUGUUCAUCGAAAGAAGAUGGAUGAAGGGAAAGAAUAUGAAAAAACUCGACAACAUAGAUCCAGAAAAAAUAGCGCCCGAUCAAGAAGUACCACACCAUCGAAAUCGGAGAAAGACACCAAGAAACGAAGUAGACCUUCUUCUAGACAUGAAUCACCUACUUCAAGGUCUAGGAAUGUUUCUUCUGAAAGAAAAAAUUCUUCAAGAUCAACUUCGAAAAAUAGAAAGGCUGCAUCUGCUGAAAACAGUAGGAAAUCUGUUGAGCGAUCAACUGCUGGACGCAAAUCGAGUCGCCCGUCAUCACGAUCUAGUUCUAGAGACCGGAUCCGUGCAGAUACCCCUACGGAAGCUAAAAUGGAACGUCUUCAUCGUGCCCUUGAAGAAAAGAAGUAUCGUUCAAGAAGGUCCUCUAGGCAUGAGAGAGAAAGUAGUCACAAUGAAAAUAUAAACUAUAGUGCCAAUUCUAAUCAUGAGCUGGCAAUUGAAGCCGAGAAGAACGUUAGGUCAACGGUCAGUUACGUUACUGAUGUGAUUUUACUGAUGGCAGCUGUCUAUGUCUACCUAUUCAAACGAGAAAUUUUAGCAAUUCCCAUUAUCGGUCUUCUUCUCUACCGACGAAUACAACAGGGAAUCUGGAAUCUUCUUCCCAAAUGGUUGCGCGGUCCUAAACCAUCGCUAUGGGACGAGGAACAGGAAAUAAAAGCAAACAGUCGAUCGGAGGAGGACAUCAUAAUUUCGGUGAAAUUGCGAUCUGCCGAAGUUUGCAAGGAUCUUCAGUUCGAACUAUAUAGAGGGGAUCUUCCGAUGCCACCUGAUCGGUUCCGGAUUGAAACUCGGGGAAAUGUAGUGCAACUGACACUGAAACAAACCAGGCAGGAUGAUGCAGGGCACUAUUCCUUGAUUGCUAAAAGAAUAUCCCAAGAUGGAAGACAAGAUAAAUUUGCGAGAAGAAUUCACCUUAGUGUCGACGAAUCAUCUAGUUACGAAGAAGGAGAUCCACCUGUUUUUCUUAGGCGACUAAGUGAUCUAAAUGUUAAAGUUGGCACCAGAACCAGAUUUCUCGUCGAAAUUCGGAGUUCUACUAGUCCAAAAGUAUAUUGGCACAGAAACGAUGAACCCGUUCAAACAGGUUCAACUUCCAGAUUCUCAUUCGUUCACGAGGGAAACUUUUAUUGCGUUGAUGUAGCUCCUGUAACAGUUGAUGAUGAGGGUCACUGGACCUGUAUGGUCGAAAAUCUUUAUGGCAGAUCAUCCUGCACGUCCCACCUAUCAGUAAUCGUUCCAAAAGCCUACAAAAAACCGGAAUUUGUUGGUGAACUUCGCGCCCUCCUCACGGAAACUGGAACAGUUUCGUUAGAGUGUAAGGUUGUCGGGAUACCAACACCAUUGUUAAAAUGGUUCAAAGACGGGAAGGAAAUAAAGGCGGGCGAUGUUUUUGCUCUUACUGCGAAUCCAGACGAUCCUACAUCUUUAGGUACCUACACAUGCGAAGCCGUGAAUUGUAUGGGUACAGCAUUUUCUUCAUCACGGGUCCACGUGAUGGGAAAAGGUAGCAGAGAGGGGUCACUGAGACCAGCAGAUACAAUGACACCUUCAGGGCCUCUUCCAGUCUUUAAACAAAUUUUACAUGAUGAAUCCUGCAAGAUUGGCGAAUCGCUUUUAUUGUCCUGUAAAGUUCAAGUACCACCAUGGCCAAAAGAGAUAACAUGGUACAAUACAGAAGGUCGAGUCGAAUCGGACGAAAAGUAUCGAAUAAUGGAAGAUGGUUUAGGAGGUUACUCAAUCCAAAUUGAUCCUGUGGAAGCCAUGGAUGAAGGAGAGUGGAAGUGUGUUGCAAGCAGUACCGAAAAUGUAAAGCAAUUUACGACGUGUUACGUCGCUAUGUCCAUUCCAAAGAAUUAUCGAAAACCUCGUUUUAUGGAGAGUCUAAAGGCAAUCUUAACAGAAGAGGGUUUAGUCUCCUUUGAGUGCAAGGUUGUUGGGUUCCCGACACCUUUUUUACGAUGGUUCAAGGACGGUCAAGAACUGAAACCAGGAGAUGUUUAUCAACUAACCGGCACCAAUUCGUUAGGUUCUUAUUGCUGCAUCGCAAGAAACUGUAUGGGGGAAACCAAAAGUAUCGCGGAAUUAACAGUCGAAGACAUCCACAAUCAAUUGAACGAUGAAGAACGGCUUCAACUUGUGACGACGAAUCAACCACCGAAAUUUAUUAGAGGCCUUAGAAGUUGCGAAGCCAGGAUCAAUGAUAAUUUUAAAUUUUCGGUACAAGUUAAUAUCGUGCCUGAACCAAGUCUCUCUUGGUACCGUGAUGAUUCGCCAUUAUAUGAUAAUGAUAAGUACAGAAUAGAAAGAGAGACUUUGGGAACGUGUCACCUCGAAGUGCAAAGGCUUGAGUUUGUUGAUCAAGCUGAAUGGAAAUGUGUAGCCAGUAACGAUUUCGGUCACAGUGUUACGUCUUGCUUUCUAAAGCUCAUCAUUCCAAAACACUACAAGACACCUAAAUUCUUAGAAAGCUUGAGAGCUAUUUUAUCAGAAGAAGGUGCCGUCAACCUUGAGUGCAAAGUGAUAGGAGUCCCUCAACCAGUUUUGAAGUGGUAUAAAGAUGGUACCGAAUUAAAACCAGGAGACAUCCACAGGAUAAUAUCUGGACAAGAUGGCACCUGUUGUCUGGGGACGUACACCUGCGAAGCUACAAAUUGCAUGGGAAGUGUCAGAAGUUCUGCAUCACUUCUUGGAUUUGAAGAUCGAGUGUCUGCUUCAACUGGAGUAAUGAAUGCAUCUCUACCCUUGUCGACUUUAGAUCAUGAUAAUGAAUUAGCUCGUAAUCUUUCCUUAUCAACUAUCCACGAAGAAAGAACUUCACAGUUACACGAAACUCCUCAAACAGAUCAAUCAGUUACUUUGGAUGAUCGCGGUGAGGUUUCUUUCAGUUUUGAUGGCAAGGAAGUUUCGGUCAGCUUGUAUGAGACACCGGAUCUCACUGAAGAAGAGGCUAUUCAGAUAGUCGAGAUGUACGCUAAUCAGUUAUCAGAAAAAGUUACAGAACACAAUGUGAUUGAACUACCGCCAAUGAGAUUCAUGAAAGAGACUUCGACAUCAGGAAAUCUGUUGAUGGAAGCAGUUGUGAUUGAUGUAUCACCUGACUAUUUCGUCACUUUGGAAGAUGGAGAUGAUCUUCGAACAGAAGCUGACGUAGAAGACAUGUCCAUUGUAGAUGAUCCAGCUAAUCAUACUCUUUCUCUAUCUUCAUCACUUCCUCACGAGUCUCGAGUUGAGAUUAGUCUAAUAGAAGAAGACAGACCACCAAUUAAACCUCCAAGAAGAAAAUCAGGCAGUAUAGCUUCAAAGAGUGAGCGUAGUGAGAAGAGUGAUAAUAAAUUACAGGAAUCUGAAAGCUACCAUAGUGCAAAAGAACCCUUAAAUGGUGCUAUCUCAACCAAGAAAAAAGAUGAUCUGGACAUGGACAUAGAUGUUAAUAGCGAAGCAUUCGAUGAUGCUCUUUUAUCUGCUUGUUCUCGAGCUGAAAAUAAUUCGAUUGAGAUUCAAAAAGAUUAUUUCAGUGGUGAAAAGCAUGGUUCGAGUUUUGAGACUGCAGACUUAUCAUUUGACUCUGCAGUUACGAGUGGAGCAAUUAAAAAAAGGAGCACCAGAAUGAAACGAUCCUUGGACGAGAAAGGAAGGUCCCAGGAAUACACGAACGAAGAAAGGAAGAGAAUAAGGCGAAGCGAAUCCGAAGAGUCUAGUGCAAUAGAGAUUGAAAAAUCCCAGACCGAUGAUGAAUCCGAGAAAUCCUUCUUAAUGAGCACUAGGGAUAUAAUUUUAAAUAUUUUUAGGCAACUAUCCGAACCUGUUUUAGUAAUUCGAGACGCUUUGGUCGAUUUUGAUUCUCUUUUAUCUCUAGCGGAAGGAAGUUAUGAAGAGCAAGAUGCAUUUAUUUCAGAAAACUUUGUGUUUCCCCUUCAAAAUUUGUGUGAGCAACUUAGCGUCAUAGAAAUCCAAACAUUAAAAAAUGCUGGAAAACGAUCUCUGGCACAAAAUGCAAGAAUUGCUAUACUGGAAACAAUAGGUGGACCAACAGAAGAGUUACUUCGAGGUAUUGAGAUAAUAAAGCGCAGGGGAAGUGCAGACAUUCUCAAAACUGAUCCUGUUAUUUUGGAGCCCUUGGUUGAUCCAGUGGAUGAGAUAUUACUCGGAUUAACAAAAAUAGAAUAUGAACUAUCAGGUAGUUCAAGGGCUCAAAAACCGAUUAUUCUGGAACGCAUGAUUCGGACGAUUUCUUGGCUAGGGCAACAUGUCGAGACAGCUGAUGCUUCAUCAGUUAUGAUUAAUCCACUGAAGGCAAUUUAUAAAACGUUAGAUUCUUUCGUCAAUAAAAUUACGUUAAAUCCUAUAAAUGGUACUUGGACUGAGAAUAUGGAUGCUGUUCUUGUUGAAUCCUUAUGCCGACCUUUAGAGGAUUUAGCUCGCACAUCCACUGAUUUUUUUAAUGAUGAUACUUCUAUAAACCAUGAUUUAGCGAAGCGAAUCUCCGAACCAUUUGAAGAGUUAUUUACAAGGCUUGAUGCGUUAGUGGUUGCACUAGAGGGUUACGAAACUGAUCAUCGAACUGAAUUUGUAUUGGCACUUAAAUCUUCUUUAGUUAGAGCAGCCGAAGAAUUAACCCUUCUCACUGAAGAAUAUAUCGCAUUAGAGGAAUCUAGAAAUUUGUCGGAAGUGAUUUUGGAUCCUUUAAUUGACGUCCAGUCAUCGAUCAAUUUAACGUUGCGUGUUAUCGAAGAACCAAGAUCUGAGGAGGAAUUCAAAAUAUCUCAGGUACUACGAUCAUCUGAAUUGGCUAUGAGUUUGGCAGAGAUGAGACAAACUUUGUCAAAUGUUGCUCAUACAGCUACAACUUUAAAAGAAGAGGAAACAAUUGAAGCAUUAACUGAUUUACGAGAACCUUUAUUUGAUCUGCAACUUGCACUUUCAUCAGAAUGUCUUUUAGAAGAAAUACCUAUAAUAAAUAGUAUUAUUUCACCAUUGAAUGCAUUGAAAAUAAUCUUUUCAACUGCCAUUAGAUACGUUCAUGGAAGAGAAGUUGCAAAUUCCAUAAGUCCAAUUUUGCAAAUGUUAGAAGAAAUGCAGGAGCAAAUUCCAAUGGUUGUUGAACAGCUUACCUUAAUGGAAAGUCAUGCAAAAGAAGUUUCUUCGGAUAAAGAGGAACCUGAUAGAAGAAAAGUUCUCACGGAAAUUUUAGAAACUUUAGAAGUGGCUAAUCAACUAAACACAAUUUUCUUCGACUUUUCAUCUGUACUUGAAGAACAGGAAAGAAGCUUUGGAAAAUCAGCUUUAAGUGGUUCCAGAUUGGCCUCGCGAUUAUUGGAGGUAAGAGAAAGUAUAGGGUCAGCGACAGUUGCUCUUGGCAAUCUUCCAAUAAAGAUAUCACUUAACGACGAUGACAUCAUUAACGAGUUGGCUCAUCUAAGUGGACCUUUGAUAAAUCUGCAAAAGGAACUAAAUGAAAAGCACAAUGCCUUGGAAAAACAAAUAUUGAAAUGUGUAGCAAAACCAAUUAGCAGGUUGAAAAUGGUGAUUGAGAGCCUUGCUAAAAGCAUCUAUAGACCAGAAAAAGUCAUGUUAGUUUUAGGAUUGUUGGGAGAUAUUGACGGAAGUAUAAAUAUAUUGGAAAACCAGGCAUAUGGCUCUGAAAUUCAAUUAGAAACUCUUGAUGAGUCACAGGUAAAAGCUCUUCAUAUAAGUGAAGGAGACGUUCUUGAAAGGGCUAUACAAAAUGGUGCAAAAUCCGAAUUGAUCUCUGGAAGAUCUUCAAAAACACAUCAAGAAUUUGAAAUUGUAGGAGAGAAUGAAUGCGAUAACCAAAAAUUUGUUGAGCUAAAGAAGGCUUAUGAAAGUGAACAUCUUUUAAGUACAGACAGAGCUCAAGUUUCAGAAGUUCCAAACAUAUUGCAGAUGGCGAAAGCAGAACAAUCAAGGAAUUUUCAAAAAGCUGAUAUAAAUGCAGACCUGAUUGGGAAAGAUAUAUCAUCUGCAGAAGAAAACAGAGUAAUCCCAGAACUUAUAAAUCAGCCAGAAGUUUUUAGUAUGGAACAGAUUGAAGAAUUAACAAUAUUACCAGGAAAAGUGGAUAAAAUGGAAGUUUUCAAAGAAAAUGAAGAAUUUACUAAGUAUCAAGAUGAUAAUGAGAAACAACAUUUAAGUGCAGAAGCUAAAGGACAUACGAUAAUUACUGCAAAAGAUGAUUUGCAAGCAAUAGGUGAAACUAUAUCAACCAUUGAUUUAGCUAAAGUUACAGAAUCUACCGAUGUUUUGAAAACAGGAAAAUGUGAACAUGUCAAGAAAUUUGAAACAGUGCAAAGUUUAGAAACCAAUAAAGGAAAAGAUAAUCAACUUCUUUCACAUAAAUCCUUUGAAGAAAAAACAAACGCAGUCGCUCUUGCAAAUAAACCAAAUGUUUUAAAAAUAAGCCAGGUUGAAGAAGUAACAACACUUGACAAAGCCGCUAUUAUAUCUACAAAGGAGGAUAAAAUUGAAGUGGUCAGAGAUGAACAACAAGUAAUUGAAGGUCUUAUAGUCACGCAAAAAUCUCAAGUUUUGGAACCACAGAAAGUAUUGAAAAUGGCGAAAUCAGAAGAAGCCAUGGAUUUUGAAAUAGCAGAAGUAGAGAAGCAUUUAAAUGUGAAAGAUGAUUUGCAAGAAAUGAGUGAAACUUCAUCAAUGAUUGAAAAAGCUAAAAUUACAGAAUCUCCAAGUGUUUUAAAUAUAGAAAAAACUGAUGAAGUUGAGGCAUUUCAAAAAGCAAGUAGUUUAGAAACAGAGAAAAGUAAAGGUUUACAAGGUCUUUUACAGCAAUUCUCUGAAAAAGAAACAAAAGCAGUGGCAGAACUUACAAACCAACCAGACAUUUUAAAGAUGACCUUGGUUGAAGAAGCAAGUGAACUUGACGAAGCAAAAGUAAUCCUAGGAAAGACUAAUCAGAUUGAAGUUAAUAAAGAAAUACAAGAAGCUGCUGCUGAAACGCCCGUUGCGGAAGCUCCUGCAGUUUUUAAUAUUGAAGAAGUAAAAGAAACUUCAGAAUUUAAAGAAGCAAAUACUACUGCCGAAAAUAAGUCCGAGAUUCGAGAUAUUAGCAAAAAAAUUCCUGAUUCUUCAUUAGGUAAAGAAAAUAUGGCUGUUUUAGUAGGCACUUUAGAAUUAGAAGAAGAAGCGACACAAAUAGGAAGACUAAACAAGAACAUUGAUCAGCAGAAAGAAUUAGAGGAAGCCAAAGAAAUAGAUAUGGCUCAAAUUUCAGAAAAACCGAAAGUGCUUCAAAUGGGAGAAAUAAGACAAUCUGCACCGUUAGAUGAUUCAACAGUUGAUCUCGAUGAACUUGAGGUAGAUAAGAACAUAUUAAAACCUAAUUUACAAGAAAGUAAGGAAAGUGGCAAGAUUGAUAUUACAGAACAGAAAGUUCUUAAAAUGGGGAAAGUUGAAGAAACAACCCUUAUUGAAGAAGUUGCAGGAAUAAAAGAGACAAGUGCAAAUGAAGAAGAUAAAACAAAAGUUUUUGAAACAUCAUCGUUUCUACUUGCAGCAGAACAAGUUGAAAAUUUCGGCGAUUUAAUAGUAGAAACAUUAAAAGAAACUAAGGACAUAACGAAUCUUCAACUACAAGAAUCAAAAGAAAUUUCAAAUACAGAGUGUGCGACAGUGAAGGAUGCACCUCAAGUUUUACAUAAAGAGGAUGUAAAAGAAUUUGUGCAAAUGGAUCAAUUGACAGAAUUUAUGGACAAAUCUCUCGUUAAAGAAGAAAGUGGCAAAGCUACCGAUAUUGCUUCUACGGAAGGAACGGUAAAUGUUAUAAAUGCUCCAGCUAUUUUGCAAAUGGCUGAUGCUGAAGAUGUUUCCAUACUUUCAGAGGAAUUGUCAGUCAUGGAUGGUAAAAAUUUUGAUACCACAUCUCUAUAUGAAAUAUUUGGUGAAUCGGAAACUGAAAAAAGUGACAAAAUCCUUCAAAUCUCGAAACCAUCAGAAGUGCUAAAAAUGGCAAAAGUAGAAGAAUGUACUUCUUAUGAGGAAACGUCAAGAGAGGGCUUAGAAAUAUCAGAACCUAUGCAAACAGAUGCAUCAACUGAAAAAAUUUCAGAGUUAUUGAAUAGAGCAAUAUCUGGAGAAGAGAUACAAUUUAUAGAAAUGGCAGAUGAAGUUGCAGCAGCCACAGGAAGUAAAAGAUCGAAUAUUGAAUUAUCAACAGAAUCUGUACAAGCAGAAUUAGCUAAAGUAUUCGAAAACCCAAAAGUACUGGCCCUCGCAGGAGACGAAGUUAUGAAAGGUGAAGAAUUAUUAUCCAAAACAAAAACUUUGGAGAAAUGUUAUAAUGUCAUCGAAAGUAAUUUGCAAGAAGUAAUUGAAUCUGUAGAAAUGGGUACAGUUAAUAUCAAUAAUAGAACAGAUGUGUUGAAAAUGGCAGAAGCUGUCGAACCUAUGGAUUUAAAUGAAACAACAGAGAUUGGAGAAACAAAAGAUAAUUUUCAAAUGUGUGCACAGAGAUCAACUGGAGAGAAUUACUUAAUAGAAAAUGCCGUAGAAAAAAUGCAAAUUGUUGAGAUAGAAACACCUGAGAAAAAAGUGAGAAAUGAAGCAGGAAGUAGCGAAGAAAAUAAACUAGUUCACAAAGAACUUCUAACUAAAUUAGUUCAUGCUCUUGAAGAACUUAAACAGCAUAUAACUAAUAUCGUAGAAGAAUUUGAACAGACGUCUGUAACAACUCCACUACUGCAAGUGUCACAAUUGGCUGCAGCUAUAGAGAUGUUGAGAAGGUCUGUUCUUCAAGUCCACAGGCAUGUUUCAAAUCAUGCACUAAAAAUUUCAGAUUUAUCUACUGAAUCCAGUUUAACAGAAAUAUCUCGUGACAAGGAAACACUUAUUGCUUAUUUAAUAGAAAUGUUAGAUCCAUUAACUAAAGUUAGCGAAGCAUUAUCAGUGACCCAGGAAUAUCGGGCACCAGAGCUCCGACUCCUGAAUCGGUUGAAUCAACCGAUACACGUUAUUAAACAAAAUAUUGUAAAUUUAGUUAUGGAAUCUACUUCAAAUGAGUUAGAAGGUUUUUCAUCUUAUGUAGCUUAUAGUCUAGAACCUAUGGCUCAAGCAUUGGAAACUAUUGAAAAUGGAAUUCCUCUCGCUCUUAGUGAAGUAAAUUCUAGACAAGAAAUUGUGAGUGUUCUGCACAAUGUUUUGAGGCCGCUGGAAGUUGUUCGAGAAAGGAUGAAUGAACUUGACGUUUCUCUAGAACGUACUCUUGAAACGGAUGUUGCAAAUAUUCUUGUAGGACCAACAAAUUAUUUUUCACGAAUACUUGGUGACCUACUGAAGCAAUGUGAAGCUUCAGAUCAUUCAGAAGAACGGAUUAGAGAUGCUGUGCUUAACCUACAUGGUUUAGUAGAACCGCUUUUCGAAUUUCAUAGUUCUCUUUCUGUCAUUCGAAGUAGUCGUCGGAGUUCGGUGGUUGAAACAGCCUUGUUGGAAGAAAGAAAAAAUGUUACUCUGCGUUCAGUUGAAGGUUUGAAUAUAGCUCUCACUGAAAUAAUAUAUGAAGUAGGAAGAAAACAUAGGGACGGUGAUAAAGAUCUUGCAGACACUCUGCUGGAUUCAUUAAUUACUUUAAAUGAAGCGAUGUCUUCUGUACAGCGGCAUGUCAACAAAGCAGAGUACAGUCGAGGAACAAGUUGCAUAGGGACACUUCAAGCAAGGAUCAGCUCUUCAGUAGAUAAACUAGCAUCAAUAAUUGAUACUGUUGAAUAUCAGCUGGACCAAAAAACGCAGGAUGUAAUAUCAAAACCUUUAGAAACUUUACGAAAACAGCUCCAAAUAACGGACACUCAGCUGCAUCAAACUUCUGAUCAACCUCUUGAUGAAGAGGCAAUUGUCGAAGGGUUUCUCUAUCCAGCUAAUCGACUUCUUUUUGCUUUGAAUGAAUUAAAUGAAAGUCAGCAAAAUGGAAUACAUCAAAUAACAGAUAGCUCCUUGAAAUUCUUGAAAUCCUUGGGAGAGUCUGUAUCUGAGUUUGAAUCAUCUUUGUCAAGUUUGCAUAACGAACUUGUAAAUGAGAAUGUAGGCGAUCAAUUAUCAACUGUUGAAACAUUGAGAGCUGUACUAGUUCCAUUGCACAGUAUACGAAACGCUAUAAUAUGUCUCAUUAAAGGAAGUAAAAGAGAGAUGAAAAUAUUAGAGCCUGAAAUUUUGCAGACUCUAGAGGUGUGUGAGCAAGAAGAAAAUAAAAUCGGUAACGAACGGAAAGUAAAUGUAAAGGAUUUCCAGCAACAGCAAUCAAAAAAUUCCCAGCAAGGCGUUCCAACUGUGCUUACUACUGUUGAAACAAUUAUCGACGAAUGCAUCGAAAUUUCUCGGCGGCAAACUGAAUGUUUGACACUAGUUGAAUCUGCGAAGGCUUUCCCAAAGACUGAAGUUGAAGAAAAUCAACAAACGGUUAAUAUAGAGCAAACAGCUACACUUCAAGGCGAAGACAGCAAGCCAAAGGAGGUAAAAAUUAAAGAAGAUAUAAAUGAAAUAGAAGAGAUGACAGCUUUACCGCUGGAAGAACUGAUAGAAGCUAUUGUUGAAUUUCCUGUAAAAUCAGGAGAGGAAGGAGAUACUGAUUAUUUGCAAAUAGAGCCCGAAAGGAAACGUCCUUUUGUAAAAAGUACCAGUCCUGAUCGUGAAUUAACAGAACAUUUUGAAGCAGCUGAUCGGGCACCCAUUUCAAUUGAAACAGCUCAUUUAUUACCUACAUCUGCCGAAGCUACACAAAUCGAACGUGUAGAUGCCUAUGAGUCGGUGUCACCGUUCCAAUUAGACAGGAAAGGAAGUGUCAUCGCUUUUUGGUCAAUGGUUGAUGGACCAUUAAAUGCCUUAAAGGAAUCAAUUGUCACAAUCAUUGAUGAGCAAAACAAUAUAGAACAGGCUGCUGAAAUUGGUGAGGAAAAAAGUAAACAUGGAAUGGUUUUGCAAACUAUUGUUAUUCAGCAACUUACAGAAUUACAAGAAUCAAUUGCAGCCAUUCAGCAACUAACUUCUGCAGAAGCAGAUAACUCUGAUGAAAUUUCGUGGCAAGAGGAGACUCUUCCUGCAUUGCAGAAUUUAGCUCGCUCAUUAGAAGAGUUGGGAGAAAAUUUACCUGUAAUUGCUAGUCAACAGUUCCAUCUGAAUGAUGAAUCGACAACAGUUGAUAUUUCGGCAGAAAACUCUGUUGCAACUACUUUAAGAGUAUUAGUUAAACCACUUCAAGAAUUCAGAGAAUCUCUUUCUGUUCUUGUGGAAGGCCAUGUGCUUUUAGAGCAAGAAGCGGAUAGUGGAAUGGAUGAAUUUCUGACGAUGAAACAUGAGGUAACUGAACCAAUAUCUGUUGAAGAUUCUGAGAAAUGUUUGGCGGUUGCUACGAUAAGUGACGUACAAAGUGAAGAUGGCAGAGAAACUUGUGAGAAACAAGAGGAGGUACUACAACACGAAGAAACACAAAAACAAAUUAAGGAAAUUGAGGAAAUUGACAUUAAAAACAAAGAACAGAAAGCGAGAGAAUCGUCAAAAAUAGGGGAAUUUGAAGAAAAGAAAAGGAACGAAGAAAAAUAUGAAAAAACUAAGCAAAAAGAGCAAUUAAAUGAUGAUGAAGUGGAUCAUGUGAAAAAAGACAUAGCAUCAGAAAAUCAGAAAGAAGAAGAAUUGAAAAAAAAAGAAGUAGGGAAAAGAAAACAAGAAGAAGCAGAAACGUUAAAAAUAGAAGAACCUGAACAGAAGCAGAAAGAAGAGGAGGCACUUCAGAAGAAAGCAGAAGCAUAUCAUUUAGAAGAAGAGGAAGCAGGUCUUUUUAAAAAGAAUGAAGUUGAUGAAAAACAACAGAAAGAAGAAGAGCAAUUGAAGAAAGAUAUAUCUGAGAAAAAGAAAAAAGAAAAGGAGGAAUUAAAAAAGGAAGAAGCGAAAGUUAAGAAAGAUGAAGCGGAACAACAGGAAAACGAAGAAUUUGAAAAGAAACAACAAGGAACAGAGGUGCUCAAGGAGGAAGAGGAAGUAGAAACAUUAAAGAUAGAGAAAGAGGAAACUUUGACAAAUGUGAAGUUUGAACAGAAGCAAACAGAGGAAGCAGCAGAUAAGAAGAAAGAAGAACAACAAAUAAAAGAAGAUGAAGAAGAAAGUUUAAAAAGAAAGGAAGAAAAAAAACAAAAAGAAGAAGAUGGAGCCAAAAGCAAAGAAGAAGAAGAACGAAUAAAGAAAGAGGAAGCAGAUCGUUUGAAAAAAGAACAAAAUGAAAGAAAACAAAAAGUAGAAGAGGCUCUAAAACAGAAGGAGGAAAAAGUAAAAAGGAAACAAAAAGAAGAGGCACUGAAGGAGGAGGAAGAGGAGCGCUUGAGAAAAGAGGAAUCUGAAAGAAAGAAGAAGGAAGAAGAUGAAAUUAGGAAUAUAGAGAAAGAAGAACGAAUAAUGAAAGAAGAAGCCGACCGUCUGAAAAAGGAAGAAGAUGAAAGGAAACAAAGGGAAGAAGAUGAAAUUAGGAAUAGAGAGGAAGAGGAACAAAUACAAAAAGAAGAAGCCGACCGUUUCAAAAAUGAAGAAGAUGAAAGAAAACAAAGAGAAGAAGAGGCUCUGAAACAGAAGGAGGAGGAAGAAGAUCGUUCGAGGAAAGAAGAAACUGCGAGAAAGAAGAAAGAAGAAGAGGAAAUUAGGAAUAGAGAGGAAGAAGAAAGGAUAAAGAAAGAAGAAGCCGACCGUUUAAAAAAUGAAGAAGCUGAAAGGAAACAAAAAGAAGAAGAGGCUCUCCAACAGAAGGAGGAGGAAGAAGAUCCUUUGAGGAAGGAAGAAACUGCAAGGAAGAAAAAGGAGGAAGAGGAGCUCAGGAACAGAGAGGAAGAGGAAAGAUUAAAGAAAGAAGAAGCCAACUGUUUGAAAAAGGAAGAAGCUGAAAGGAAGCAAAAAGAAGAAGCGGCACUGAAGAAGAAGGAGGAGGAAGAAGAGCAAUUGAGAAAAGAGAAAAGUGAAAGAGAGAAAAAGAAAGAAGAGGAGCUUAGGAAUAGAGAGGAAGAAGAGAGAAUAAAGAGAGAGGAAGUCGACCGCUUGAAACAAGAAGAAAAUGAAAGAAAACAAACAGAAGAAGAGGUUCUGAAACAGAAGAAGAAGGAAGAAGAUCGUUUAAGGAGAGAAGAAACUGCGAGAAAGGAAAAGGAAGAAGAGGAAGUUAUGAAUAGACAGGAAGAAGAAAGGAUAAAGAAAGAAGAGGCCGACCGUUUGAAAAAGGAAGAAGCUGAAAUGAAACAAAAAGAAGAAGAGGCACUGAAGAAGAAGGAGGAGGGAGAAGAUCGUUUGAGAAAAGAGGAAACUGACAGAAAGAAGAAGGAAGAGGAGGAGCUCAGGAAUAGAGAGGAAGAGGAAAGAUUAAAGAAAGAAGAAGCCGACUGUUUGAAAAGGGAAGAAGAUGAAAGGAAACAAAAAGAAGAAGAAGCUCUGAAACAGAAGGAGGAGGAAGAAGAUCGUUUGAGGAGAAAAGAAACUGCGAGAAAGGAAAAGGAAGAAGAGGAAGUUAUGAAUAGACAGGAAGAAGAAAGGAUAAAGAAAGAAGAAGCCGACCGUUUGAAAAAGGAAGAAGCUGAAAUGAAACAAAAAGAAGAAGAGGCACUGAAGAAGAAGGAGGAGGGAGAAGAUCGUUUGAGAAAAGAGGAAACUAAAAGAAAGAAAAAAGAAGAAGAGGAGCUUAGAAAUAGAGAGGAAGAAGAGAGAAUAAAGAGAGAAGAAAUUGACCGUUUGAAAAAGGAAGAAGAUGAAAGGGAAAAAAAAGAAGAAGAGGCUUUAAAACAGAAGGAGGAGAAAGAAGAUCGUUUGAGGAGAGAAGAAACUGCGAGAAAGAAGAAGGAAGAAGAGGAAAUUAGGAAUAGAGAGGAAGAAGAAAGGAUAAACAAAGAAGAAGCCGACCGUUUGAAAAAGGAAGAAUUUAACAGAAAACGAGAAGAAGAAGAGGCACUGAAGAAGAAGGAGGAGGAAGAAGAUCGUUUGAGAAAAGAGGAAACUGACAGAAAAAAGAAGGAAGAGGAGGAGUUCAGGAAUAGAGAGCAAGAGGAAAGAUUAAAGAAAGAAGAAGCCGACUGUUUGAAAAAGGAAGAAGAUGAAAGAAAACAAAAAGAAGAACAGGCUCUGAAACAGAAGGAGGAGGAUGAAGAGCGUUUGAGGAGAGAAGAAACUGCGAGAAAGAAGAAGGAAGAAGAGGAAAUUAGGAAUAGAGAGGAAGAAGAAAGGAUAAAGAAAGAAGAAGCCGACCGUUUGAAAAAGGAUGAAUUUAACAGAAAACGAGCAGAAGAAGAAGAAGCACUGAAGAAGAAGGAGGAGGAAGAAGAUCGUUUGAGAAAAGAGGAAACUGAAAGAAAGAAAAAAGAAGAAAAGGAGCUUAGAAAUAGAGAGGAAGAAGAGAGAAUAAAGAGAGAAGAAAUUGACCGUUUGAAAAAGGAAGAAGAUGAAAGGAAACAAAAAGAUAAAGAGGCACUGAAAAAGAAGAAAGACGAAGAACGAUUGAAUGAGGAAGCGGAACGUUUCAAAAAUGAAGAAACUGGAAGGAAACAGAAAGAAGAGGAUCUUAAGAAAAAAGAGGAAGCUGAGCGUUUGAAAGUAGACGUUGGCGAGCAGAAAAAGAAACAAGAGGAUAAAAUUAGAAGCAAGAAGGAGGAAAAAGAGCAAGUAAAGAAAUUGGAGGUCACACUUAUGAAAAAUGAAGAAGGGCCGAAACAAAAAGAAAUAGAAGAUGAAGUCAAAAAUGAAGAAGAGCAAAAAAAGAAAAGGAGAAAAGCAAGUUUAAAGAAAGGCGAAGAAGCACAAAAGAAAAAAGACGGGAACAGAAAGGAUAAGGAUGGAGAAAAAAUCAAGAGAAAAGAAAGUCUAAAAAAAGACGGAAGGGAAUCCUCGAAUAUGAAAGAAAAUGUAGCUGAGGUCAAGAGUCACACUUUGGAAGAAUCUGUUCUUUUGAAAAAUAAGGAAAGCGAUAUAAUUACGAACGAUGAAAAUGAAAAGCUCAAAGAGGAAGGUGAGCGUCUUUCAAAGAAAAAACAAACCGCGGAACAAACUGAUGAAGACGGCAGGGAAAAUGGUGGAAGUCGAAGAUCAAGUGUUCGCAAAUUAAGUACAGAAAAAAUUAAUACUUUAAAGAAAGGAAAAACUGAAAAUGAGAGGGAAAGUUCAAGAGAAACUCGACGUAAAGGGAGUAUGGAUAGAUAUGCAAAUAAAGAUGAUGUUAGUCAAUACAGAAAUAAGCAAUAUGAAAUAGAGAAAGAAGGUGAAAUGGAAGAUUAUUCUCAAGUAAGGUAUAAUAAAACUAAAAUAAGACCUGAUAUCGAACGAACUCCUGUGUAUAGGGAACCAAUUAAACAAACAGGAUCACAAUCAGAUGAUUCUUCUUAUACAGAUAGUUCAUCUUUAAGCAUAGCAUACAAAACUGAUGACAGAAGCUUCAGAGAUAGAUCUAAAAGAGAUCAAAUACGAUAUCCCAAAUCUGAUGUUAGUUUUUCGGAUUCCUCAUCUAAAACUACUUUAACAAAUUAUCCCGAAUAUGUAGCCACAAUUUCUUCGCGAAAUAGAAGUAACGAUUAUUCCUUUACUUCUUCAACAUUUAAAGCCCCACAAAGAAGUAUAAAAUCCUACGACAGAUAUUGUGAUAGAUCUAGGAAAAGUUACGAAUCUAGCUUCAGUUCCUUUCUGAGACCCGAUAGUCGCUCAACGUUAAUUUCUCCAUCUGUUAAUUACUCGAAAAGAAUAUUAGGUAGAAGAAGUCCUACCCUAAUUCCUGAUAUUGAUACAUCAGCAUAUUAUUUAUCAAGCAGCCGCAGUCGUACAUCAGAUAUAAGUCAUGUAGAUCGUAUAAAGUGUCCCUUCUUUUGCACAAAAUUAACGAAUCGUACAGUGUCCGAAGGUUCGCAAAUUAGGUUAACAUCAACAGUGAUUGGACAACCAGAUCCUGAAGUGCAUUGGACUAAGAAUGGGGAAAAACUGCAAUCUGGAGGUCGAGAACGAAUGAAAUUGGAGAAUGGAUUAGCAACUUUAGAAAUAAGUGCAGCUUUGCCUGAAGAUUCUGGAUACUACGCUUGUGUAGCAACAAAUUCUCAUGGUCAAUCAUCUAGUGAGGCUAUAGUGAGGGUGUAUGCUGCCUUUGAAGCAAUACCUUUACCACCAACCUUCACAAGUUCUAUAAAAGAUACUUACAGGUUUACGGAUCAUGAGCUAGUUUUAGAAUGCAAAGUUCGAGGUCAUCCAACGCCUUCAAUCACAUGGUUGAAGGAUGAUAUUGUUUUACGUGGAGAUCGCUACAAACAAAGUUUUCUUGGCGAUGGAGUUUGUCGCUUACAAAUUGCAGAUCCUGAUAUCGCAGAUAGUGGCGAAUACAGUUGCCGAGCUGAUAAUGAUGUACGAACAGAUCAAAUUCGACAUGUUGUCCAUUUUGAAGGCCAUGAACAUCGCUUUGCCAGUACCCGUGAACGAAUUCUGUUCGACGACAGAAAUCGAACAACAUGUAGGGAAAUUGGUCGACGUCCACGUUUUUCAAGCUAUCUCAUAGAUCAUAGUGUACCAGCUGGUGGUACCAUAGCAUUACAGGUCGAAGUGAGAGGAUCACCAACACCAGAAGUGACAUGGUUACGUCGUGACGGUGUGAAGAAUGAACGUAUUUCAAAUUCGAAAGUUCGCACCUUUGCUGAAUCUGGAGUUCAUACCCUGAUUUUACUUGAAGCUUCUGAGUCAGAAGCUGGUACCUACAUUUGCAGAGCAAUCAAUGCAUUUGGUCAAAUAGACACAAGUGCUAAUGUUGAAGUUAUCAUACCUGGUAAAUUCAGUGCCAAUGGAAAGCCUGCUAUGUUCAUAUCAAGACCAGUCGAUAAAAUAAUUACGGCAGUCGUGGGCGAAGAUGUUUCUGUAUCUUUUAGGAUCUCUGGAAUUCCGAAACCCCGAGUGACGUGGAUGAAGGGAAUUCGAGAUAUUACGGAUGGUCCUCGUUCUCAUAAAGAAACAUUGGAUGAUUAUGUUCGAAUCACCUUAAGUAGGAUGAUUCCUUCGGACGAAGGCACUUACUGUAUUUUGGCAAAGAAUCGAUACGGAUGCGACAGAGCAUUUUUCACAAUCAAGGUGAAGCAAAGAGCGAGAUCACUGACACCUACAAUUUUAUCUGACACCGCAAAUCGUUUGGCAGAUAUGGAGAAUGAGGAAAUGCGAAUCCAUAUAAAAGAUGUACCAGGGCCAAUCAGUAGCGAACCUAUUGUCAUAGAUGGUGGUACGAAUUGGUUAUCUCUAAGUUGGGGUAAAGCGGAACAGAGAGGACCAGCUCCUGUAGUUGCGUAUAAAAUCGAUGCAUGGUUGCUUGGUGGCGAAGGUGGCGCCAGAUGGGUUGAGCUCGGGAUCAGUCCAAUAAAUUCAUUCGAUGCCUUCAACCUUCGACCUAGAGGAGAGUACAAAUUCCGUAUAACACCUCGGAAUCGUUACGGUUGGGGGGAAUCUCUAUCAAGUACGGAUUCUUUCACAGUCAGUGAUGUCGUCGAUAUACCAGAAUUUUUGAAAAUUCUUCCUGGUCAGUUGAAAGCUCUUGAGGGGACAAACGUAAAAUUAGAAUGCGAGGUUCGAGGAGAUUCAAAAAUUGAUGUUCGAUGGUACCGAGAAAACACUGGGAUUGAUCCUAAUGAUGAUCCAAGAUGCACAGUUUACUACAAUGGUUUUAAAUGUUCGCUGACAUUGAACAAUAUAAAAGAGUAUGAUACUGGAAGGUACAUUUGUGAAGCUUCGAGUAAAGCUGGAAAAGUUUCUACAUUUGCUAGAGUAUUUGUCGUAACUGAUCCGAAAAUCUUGAAAGCAGAUGAGCAGUUAAGAAGCAGGUACUUUGAGGACGCGACUGUGGAAGGUCCACCUCAAUUUACGAUGCGAUUGCGGGAUCGUCGAGUACAGGCCACGUAUCCAGUAAGGCUGACUUGUCAAGUCUUGGGCUAUCCGGAACCAGAAGUUGUAUGGUUUAAAAAUGGCAGGGAAAUUUGUGCAGAUGGAUUUCAUGCAUUUUGGAAUGACGAGUCCCAUUUCCACACACUCGAAAUUUCAUCUUCCUCGCUUGAAGAUUCUGGUCGUUACAUGGCUACUGCAAAAAAUGUUAAUGGAUCCGUAUCCUGUCGUUGUAUACUCGUGGUUGAUAAAGGAAUUAGAGCUUAUAUUGCUCCUGAAUUUCUGUGCGGUUUGGACGCAGCAUAUACUGUCAAACUAGGUGGAGAACUUCGAAUGUGUGCUCAGAUAGAAGCAUAUCCGAGUGUUGGUGUUGUUUGGCAUCGAGAUGGAGUUCGCCUUCGACCUAGUAGGAGAGCUGUGAUGACCUUGAAUCAUGACGGGGCUGUUGAACUAUCAUUAGCAAAUGUCACAAACAGAGACGCCGGAGUUUAUAGUUGUACAGCUACUAAUGAAGUCGGAAGAGCGGAAACCUCGACAAGGAUUGCUAUUUUGGGACCCGAUGAACAAUCUUCAUUUGAGAAAUUAUCACCUCAUGUGGUUGUGGAUCCUCCAUCAGAUCCAAAGAUACCAUAUUCACAGAAACCCCUUUUUAUUACGAAACCGCUUUCCACCGAGGCAGUAGAAGGAGACACAGUCAUUAUAUUGUGCGAAGUUGUCGGUGACCCCAAGCCCGAGGUUAUGUGGCUUCGUGAUUUUCUAAAGCCAGAUUACUACAGAGACGCGGCACAUUUUCGACGCAUCGGUGCUGGCCCUCAGUACCGUCUCGAAAUUCCGUUCGCUAAGCUCGAUUUCACUGGGACCUAUUCUGUUAUCGCAAAAAACUCUCAUGGAGAAGCAAAGGCUAUAAUUUCUCUACAAAUCUACGCCAAAGGUCAGGGCAAAGGUGACACUAUGGAACAGCAGUCAUCGGUAAGACACGGGAAAGUACUGAGUCUGCCGAUCAUAAGGAAGGAACUCAGAGAUCUUAGAUGUUGCGAUGGAGAUGCUGUCAGUCUGGAAUGCAAGGUUUAUGCCCCUACAGAACAGCCCAAUAUUCGCUGGGAGAAAGAGGGCAAGACUCUACAUCUAAGUGGCGACUUUUCUGCCGAGUUUGAUGGCGAAAUAGCAAGACUUAGCAUCCAACACGUGUUUCCGGAAGAUGAGGGUGAAUAUACAUGCAUCGCAUCAAACCAACUAGGGAAAGCUUACACCUCCGCAUGUUUAAUCGUCGAUGUUCCCGAGGGUAAGGAGAAUGUAUUAAGUCAACCACGCCUUACGAGGCCCAUGGGGCUAUUAUCAGCAGGAUCGACACCGAGAUCAACUCCAAGAUCUACACCCGUCCGAAGCCUAUCACCCGCAGUUGCCCGUGGUCGCGAGCUGAAGGCAAUCAGUCUUCCCAGGAGAGUUGAAGCUGGUGGUAGCAUGAGAAAAAGGCCGAAAGUGACUCCUCCAAAGUUUUAUACUGUUCCUCAUAAUCGUGUAGCCGAAGAAGGUGAAACUGUUCGAUUCCAAUGCGCAAUCACAGGUCACCCAAUGCCUUGGGUCGUGUGGGAUAAGGAUGGAACUGCUGUCACGCCUACCGCAAGAAUCUCGAUCAAGGAGAAAGAUGAUUUACGAGUCUUGGAAAUUACCGAAGUUACGUCAGAAGAUGUUGGACUCUACAGAGUGACCCUUGAGAAUGAUGUGGGUCGCACGGAAGCAACAGCCCGACUCGAAAUCAUUAAUCGGCACAGUUUAGUUCCUCGUCCAGUUCGAAUAACUAGAAGUGCAUCACCCAGAACCUAUCCAACUUUCACAAGAAGCGUACUUGGUUGUGCAACGAGGGUUGAUCGACGAUUUCAAUUGCAGUGUGAUAUCAAAAGUUCUCCAAGUCCAACACCAUCGUGGUACAGAAAUGGAAAGCGAAUAGAGCGUUCGAACAGAAUCAGAAAGUGUUUUGAUGGUAGGACUGCUAAAAUCGAGAUUUCGGAAGUAAAAGAGAGCGAUGCUGGUGAAUAUGUUUGCGAAGCAACUAAUCUCUUAGGAUCCACAAGAAGUAGUUGUCAGGUAAUCGUUCUUGAGGCUGAUGAUCCUUCUACACUUGAUGAAGAGGCUCCGAUGUUUCUACAGACUCUUCCAAAAGAAUCAAUUGUCAUGGAAGGCCAUUCAUAUGAAUUGCAGACUAGAAUUACAGGCAGUCCACCAUUUGAGAUCAAGUGGCUAAAGGACAAAAAGGAAGUAUCCGACACUGACUGCUAUCGAUAUGUAGUAUAUGAAGAUGGAGGUGUUGCUCUUAGAUUGGCAAAUGUGAAUCCUUUAGCUGCUGGAGAAUAUACUUGUCUAGUCCGAAAUGCUUUUGGAGAAUCAUCUUGUAAUGGAUUCUUUUCUGUUCAAGAUUAUAAAGGAGCUUCUAAAGCUGCUUUCUGGUUUACGAAAACUCCUGUACCAGUGUUGGCUUCGAAAGGUGAAACCAUAUCCUUUUGUGCGAGAAUUCAUAGUGAAAGACCCAUCGAAAUCGACUGGAGCGUCAAUGGAAAGAGUGCGCGAGAAAAUUACAGAUGCAAGGUGGAGAAAGAUGGACCUACAAGUAUUCUGAGAAUAAAUUCCGUCACGUACCGAGACUGUGGCGAAAUUAGAUGCACAGCAUCCGUGACUGGGGGCCGAGGUCCCUCGAUAAGUUGUGCAACCGACCUGCGAUUCAUGAGGUUUUCGGGAGUAAGAGACAGGUCUCUAUCUCCUACCAAGAAAAUGACACUCUCUCCGGUAGUAAAACGUUCUACGCGUAUAUCAACAAGUCCUUAUCGGCAAGAAGAUAAGGAAAAUGUGAAUGGAGUGCCUACUGUAUCACAUAAAGCAGAUGACAUAAAUUCUUUCAAAAAGUCUGAGUUUUCCCACCGUUUGUUGAAUCCUCGUGCUGAUAUUUUCUCCUUGAAGAUGUCGUCACAGAAAAAAAAUCAGAAUGAGGGAAAUGCUGAAAUUCAGAGAGAAAAUAGUAAUACAAAUGGAAGUUUACGAAUAGAAAAUCAAAACGAAAUAAAGACUGAGGAAAGAAAUGAGCGUGAUAUAAAAGCGGAGAAAGAUAUGGAUAAGAAGAUUGGGAACUUAGUGGAAUCACGCAUGAAAAAUGGAAGUUCCAUUCACCAUAAUAUAAACUUGAAAUCUAUGGAUGGAAAAUUUUCUCUGGAAUUAGUAGAGCCAGAAAUCCCAAAAGAGAUUAAACCCUUUUCCCUCUCUAGUGAUUUCAAGGUCAAGAUAGGAAUGGAAUGUUUGGAUGAACACGACCACAAAGAACCAGCAGUCGUUUUACAGGCGCCAGCAGACGUAUUCGCUCUGAGAGGGUCCACAGUCAUCCUCAGUGUGUCAUAUCGAGGUCACCCGGAACCGAGAGUCAGAUGGCUUCAAGCUGGUCGAGCACUGAUUCCGGGAGAGAAAAUUCGAAUAAAAAUAGAAAAGGGAGCCUCCAGUCUCACUUUGGAAAACAUAACGGCCGAUCAAGCUGGAAAGUACGCGGUAUUCGUUGAAAAUGUUGUAGGUCAGGAUUGCAGAUAUUCGAGUGUAGCUGUAGAAGGUCCACCAGAGCGACCAGCUGGUACACCGAUCGUGAGUUCGUGCAAUGUUGGUAGUGUCAGUCCAAGUGUAAAUGUAGCCUGGUGUUCACCACCCUAUGACGGAGGCUGCGCUCUCACAGGAUACUCAAUCGAAAUGCGACAAGUUAAUGAGGAAAGUUGGACCCUUGUUGCAGAGACUUACCAUUCCCUCAGUCAUACAGUUACCGGGCUGGUACCGGAACAAACGUACCUAUUUCGAGUUAGAGCAAUAAACAUUCAUGGAGCAAGUGAACCUAGUAUAGAAUCUGAUCCGUUCACCGUUGGUCGCAAAAUGGAGAAGUUUGACGAAGAAAGACGAUUCCAAGUCUCUAAUAAAGAGGAGGAAGAAUGCUUUGAGAAGAGUAUCGAAGAUACUAUAGUUACUCCAGAGGAUGGAAAAUUAUUCGCAGAGCGAUACGAUGUGCAUGAAGAAUUGGGAAAAGGUCGAUAUGGUAUUGUAAAAAGGGUUAUUGAAAAAGCGACUGAGCGCAUUUUAGCUGCCAAGUUUGUAAGAACCAUUAAAGCCACAGAUCGGAAACAAGUACACGAAGAAAUGAAAAUUAUGAACAUGCUGAGGCAUCCAAAACUUCUUCGACUCUCUGCGGCAUUCGAAAACCCCCGAGAAAUCAUCAUGGUCACUGAAUACAUUUCAGGCGGAGAACUUUUUGAAAGAGUCGUUGCUGAUGACUUCACUCUCACUGAGAAAGACAGUAUACUUUUCAUGAGACAGAUUUGCGAGGGAGUGAAGUACAUGCACAAAAAUAGUGUCGUUCACUUGGAUCUCAAACCCGAGAACAUAAUGUGCCGUACGAGAACAUCUCACUCAAUUAAACUCAUUGAUUUUGGACUCGCGCAAGUUUUGGACCCAAACGUUCCCAUCAGAGUACUUUUCGGUACUCCUGAAUUCAUACCUCCGGAGAUUAUUAGUUACGAACCUAUAGGCACUGAAUCAGACAUGUGGAGCGUAGGAGUAAUUUGCUACGUUUUAUUAAGUGGCCUCUCUCCCUUCAUGGGAAAUAACGACACCGAAACUUUUGCGAAUAUCACACGAGCCGAAUACGAUUUCGAUGACGAAGCAUUCGACGCCAUUUCGCAAGAAGCCAAAGAUUUUAUUGGUUGUUUAUUAAUCAAGAGGAAAGAUUGUCGAAUGUCCGCCAAAGAAUGCCUGGAGCAUUCAUGGCUAGCUCAGCACACAGAAAAUAUGAGCAGAGUAGCCUUGUCGACAGAAAAAUUGAAGAAAUUCCUUGUGAGAAGAAAGUGGCAGAAAACAGGAAAUGCUCUACGGGCUCUUGGAAGGAUGUCGAAAUCUGCAAAUAGUAGGAGAAGUCCUUCAUUAACAGCUUCAUCUCCUGUUUUAAAAGAGACAUCUUCUUUCGAUAGUUCUCAAGAUGACCAAAACUCUGGCACGCGGGAAAAUUCGUUUGAUGAAGUCACUUCAGUUGAUGUCGCUUCUAGUAGCUUUAUAGAAAAGAUUUCAGAUUGGAAAGAAGAUAAUUUGAAAGAAAAAACCAUUGAGGAAGUCUACAAAAACCCAAAAGAAAUCCUCUUAGAGGAAACUUGUUUGAUUGGACAAUCUCAUCCAGAAGAAACUAUAGAAGUUCUUUCUUCAUCAGUUGGCGAAGAUAAUGGUUUAACAGUUGUGGAUUUCCAUUCAAAAAGGAUAUCACACUUAAAGAUAGGUGACGAUGAAGGGAAAAUACUUGACGUGAGUCUGGAUUCGAAACAGGACUUAAGUGAAGAAAAUGACAAAGUAGAAUCUCAAACAGACAAGACAGAUGACACUAGAGAUUCUACUACAAAAAAAUAUAAAUAUACCAAAAUCAGCCAAAUCAGACUUUCAGUUAAUUUUAAAGAACCUGAAUUUCAAUCAAUAACUCAAGAAUGUGAUAAUAAUCUAGAUCUGGAUACAGGAAAUGUUCCGAGCAAGACUGAAGAUAAUAAAGAUAUUAGAUCAGAGACAAAAGAAGAAAUCGCACUAAAUCCUUCUGAAGAUGUUGGAUUUCAAAGUGAAGUUUGUAAUACCGUGUGUGAUUCUAACCUUUUGCUCGAAGCUGUUGAUGGUGAGGGCACACGGAUAAUACAAUCCAGUCAAGGUCGACAUUAUCUUCACACCGGUAAUGUAAGCCGAACAGCAAAAAUGUUCGAAACGAAGCAGGCAGAAACUUCAGCCGGAAACGCUCCGGAGGAAAAACCCGCUCCCCUUCGCCGGCUUUCAUCAGGACUUCCGGUAACGAGAACGAAAACUCAAAACGAUAGGAUUCAGAAAGCUUUUGCUUUUUGGAACAAGUGAAUUAGAAAGAACGCCAUUAUAGUUCAUUCUUAAUAUUAUACGACAUUUGGCAAUUGACAUAAUAAUAUGCCCUAUAUGAACUGCAUAUUAUCGAAUUAAAUAUUUCAGCGUUUUGAGCGUAACAAAGUGAUGUUUGAAAUCUAAAAUAAUGUAAAAUAGAAGUUUGUGUACAAAAAUGCUGGAGUGAAGUUUAUAGUUAUUUUUUAAAUUUCGGCGCGUUUACAGGGUUUGAGGCAAAGGUGCAACGCACCUUUCGUUUUAUCUACAUAUGCGCUUCGAUGACAUUUUUGCGAACAAAGCAUAAGUUUUAGUAUUUGCGAUCAUAACUAUUUUUUUCUCAACUACAACUUACAGAGAAUAGGUAAUAUUUAGUAGUUAUUUAAGUGAAACACGUACCUCUCAUUUAUACAGUAUAUUUAUUCGCCGAUUAAUUAAGUUGCAUGAUCGUUAUUGGAAAUAAAUUUCACGUCCCUGUUAAAA